AUGGCAGCCUGGAUCCUCUUGGUGUGUGCGCUCAUCACUCUGCAAGGCUCAAAGGCUCAGGAUUGUGGGGUGGCACCUCUCAAUACAAGAAUAGUGGGUGGUCAGAAUGCCCCAGCUGGGUCAUGGCCCUGGCAGGUGAGCGUACACUAUCAAUCAUCUCACAUCUGUGGAGGCACCCUCAUCAGUGACCAGUGGGUGCUCACAGCAGCUCACUGCAUUAUAACAAACUCACUGAGUGCAUGGACGCUCUACUUUGGGAGAGAGACUCAGGCUGGGCCUAACACUCAUGAGGUGAAACAGAGUGUGUCGCAGGUCUUUGUCCACCCUAACUACAACAAUUCUUACUUGAACAACGACAUUGCCUUGAUGAAGCUCAGCAGCCCUGUCAACUUCACUGACUACAUCAGACCUAUCUGCCUGGCAAGUAGCUCCAGUCAGUUCUACAACUCCACAUCCUGCUGGGCCACUGGCUGGGGCAAACUCAGAGAGAAUGAGACUUUGCCAGCUAAUGCACCCCUCCAAGAAGUUCAGAUUCCUGUUAUUGGAAACAAACAGUGCAGCUGCAAUUAUAUCCCAGCAAAAGAUGCGAACAUCACUCAGCAAAUGAUUUGUGCGGGGCAACAGAACAAAGGAGCAUGCCAGGGGGACUCAGGUGGACCCUUGCAGUGCAAACAGGGUUCCAAGUGGAUCCAGGCUGGUAUUACCAGUUUUGGAAUACCUUGCGCCCAGGCAGGUUUCCCUGAGGUCUACGCUCGAGUGUCUGAAUUCCAGACUUGGAUCACAAAUCAAGUAGCAGGGGCCAAUGUGGGCUUUGUGAGCUUUACUUCUAGUGGCACCGACACAGACAGCAGCUUUGUGUGUCGCAGCAACAACUCCACUGGCAGCACUAACUCUGGAAAUUCAGCCACGUUUGCACCUGAGCUUGGAUUUUUUAUCUUCUCAGUGAAAAUGUUGCUAGACUGCAUUUUAGUUUAA